GAGUCACAAACUCACAGUGCUUAGCCUGCUGGCCCGUUUUUACCUUCUCAGCUGAGAUGCAUCCAAGCGAAAUCUGUUCCGCUGAAGUGACUGGAAUGGGGAGUUGUGCGAGUGUCGGGAUUCCAGCCGUCGAUGGUGACUGCUGUUGCUGUUCCUUUACUCCGUACUCUGCAUGCCACUGCUGCACCAGCGGUCAGGAAUGAAAGGCUUUUUGGUGACCUACAUAAUUCUCCCCGUGAAAUGGGAUGGCUUCAGAAUGGCUCCCUAUGCUGACAGAUGAUGGGAACACUUCCUUGGUGAUGUCUCUGGGGCGACUCCUCCGGCGUGCUUCUUCAAAAGCUUCGGACCUCCUGACCUUGAACGCUGGUGGUGGCAGCAGUUCCUCUUCCAUACUCGAUGGGGAGAUCAUCUACUCAAAGAACAAUGUCUGUGUCCAUCCGCCUGAGCUGCUGCAAGGCAUCGGGGAGCAUCAUCCAGGCUAUUUGUGCUUGUACAUGGAGAAAGAUGAGCUACUCGGAACCACGCUUAUCCUUGCCUGGGUGCCAAACUCCCGCAUUCAGAGGCAGGAUGAAGAGGCCCUGCGCUAUAUCACUCCCGAGAGUUCCCCUGUCCGUAAAGCUCCCCGCAAACGUGGCCGCCACACUCAGGGUUUCGGCAUUGUCCGGCAGGCUUCCCCCACCGAGCAGAGAGGGGCAGUGAUCCUGAAAGGAGAAGACAUCUUGACUGUGUCACAGCUUGUGAAAGAUGUGGCUUACAUCAGCUCCCCCUCUUCGGAAGGGGAGAAGCUCUCCCAGUGCUGCCCUGUGGCCGACGGCACCCGCCGGUCCCCCCAGCCUGCCCGCAGUGACUCAGGAAUCCUAUCGACAAUCAGCUCUCAGGAGGAGCAGAACAGGUCAGAGCUGUCGGUGGAGGGGACGGAGGAAGGUCUGGACUGCAGACCAGAGCCAGGGGAGGACGAGGGCUCCUUGGAGCUGUCUGCGGACGACGUGAGCAGGGACAGUACUUUUGACUCUGAUUCUGAUGCCUUCUCUUCCCCCUUCUGCCUCUCCCCCAUUAGUGAAGCCCUCGGGAAAAGCAGUAGCUCUGUGUUUCUGGAUAAUGAAAGCAGGGACACGUGUGACAACCGCAUGACCUGCUCCACCAGCUCAGCCUCCAGCCUUGACACCAGUGCCCAGUUCCAGGAGAAUAAUGGGCAAACGCAGAGCACCAGAUGGGACGAGCAGCAGAAGGUGUUUGCCCUAGAGCAGGUCUGUGGUGUCUUUAGAGUGGACCUGGGACAAAUGAGAUCCCUUCGCCUCUUCUUCAGUGAUGAGGCAUGCACCAGUGGACAACUGGUUGUUGCGAGCAGGGAGAGCCAGUACAAGAUCUUCCAUUUUCACCAUGGUGGCCUGGAUAAACUGUCCGAGGUGUUUCAGCAAUGGAAGUACUGCACAGAGACCCAUCUCAAGGACCAGCAGCUUACUGAUGAGAAAACGUGCAUGCAGUUCUCUAUCCGCCGUCCCAAGCUGCCUUCCUCGGAAACCCACCCGGAGGAGAACGCGUACAAGCGUCUUGAUGUGUCUGCCUGGCUCCAUCACCUGAACGAAUCCGGGCAGGUGGAGGAGGAGUACAAGCUGCAGAAGGCCAUUUUCUUUGGUGGGAUUGAUAUUUCCAUCCGUGGGGAGGUGUGGCCCUUUCUGCUGCACUACUACAGCUACGAGUCUACCUCCGAAGAGAGGGAAGCACUGAGGCUGCAGAAGAGGAAAGAGUACUUGGAGAUCCAGGAGAAAAGGCUUUCGAUGACUCCGGACGAACAGAAGGAUUUUUGGCGUAAAGUACAGUUCACGGUAGAUAAAGACGUCGUGAGGACUGACCGCAGCAACCAGUUCUUUCGAGGGGAGGACAACCCAAAUGUGGAAAUGAUGAGGAGGAUCUUGCUGAACUAUGCAGUAUUUAACCCAACAAUUGGAUAUUCCCAGGGGAUGUCCGACCUGGUUGCCCCGCUCCUGGCAGAGGUCCUAGAUGAGUCGGAUACUUUCUGGUGCUUUGUAGGAUUGAUGCAGAACACGAUCUUCAUCAGCUCACCCCGGGAUGAGGACAUGGAGAAACAGCUGAUGUACCUGCGAGAGCUGCUACGGCUCAUGCACCCACGCUUCUACCAGCACCUUUCUUCCUUGGGAGAGGACGGCCUGCAGAUGCUUUUCUGUCACCGUUGGAUCCUCCUCUGUUUCAAACGUGAAUUUCCAGAUGCUGAGGCUUUGCGCAUGUGGGAAGCGUGCUGGGCUCACUAUCAGACCGACUAUUUCCACCUCUUUAUCUGUGUGGCCAUCGUGGUGAUUUAUGGGGACGACGUCAUCGAACAGCAGCUGGCCACGGACCAGAUGCUGCUGCAUUUCGGCAACCUGGCUAUGCACAUGAACGGAGAACUUGUACUCAGGAAGGCGAGGAGCCUGCUCUAUCAGUUCCACCUGCUCCCCCGCAUCCCCUGCAGCCUGCACGACCUGUGCAAGCUGUGUGGGACAGGGAUGUGGGACAGUGGCUUCAUCCCCGCCGUGGAGUGCUCUGGCCAUCACCCCGAGUCCGAGAGCUGCCCGUACGGGGGACUGGCGGAAGCGUCUUCUCCUAAACCAGGAAGCGAAGGCAAGAGAGGCUUGAAAACACGGGACGUCUUUGCUUUCCGAAAAUAGCUGGGGAGGAACAGGGUGUGACAGCGGAAGAGGGAAGGGCAGGAAGGAUGUGCACAGGAAAAAGUGUGGAGGACGAAAAUGGAGGGAUAGCUUGUCAAGACUCCUGAGAAGACUGAAAGGUGGAGAACAGAUGGGGAAUGAAAUCGCUCUGCAGAGAAAGCGAAUUCCAGUGCACUGGUGGUGGAACUUGAGCAAACGCGUCAAACCAGGAACAACAUUUGCACGUGUUUGCGUUCGAUUGUGUUGGAAACAUGAAGCUUUUCUAGGUCUUAACAAGGACUUUUUACUCUGCCUCUGGGAUCGGACUGGUUAGCAACCAGAACUUUGUUACUUGCUGAUGAGAAAUGAGCACACUAAAGAGAGCCAAGUGCCAGCAGCAGCGUUUGUGGGCCAGGUGGAAGGAGCAGAGCUGUGGCGAGGCCUCUCUCUGCGAUGUCCCUUCAUCCCGAGCAUUCCACACGCGCGCGCUCUCCGCUUCAACCAAAACGUGCAGCUCCGUGGCUUCUCUCUAAAGCCAUAAAGACUAUUUUAAUUACAAUCUGCCAAAAAUAAAUCUGCAGACUAUUGCAGGGAAGGUGUCUGCUUUGUUGGCAAGGAAGAACUGGUCCCCUAAAGGUCUCGUCUCCUGCCUUUUCUGGUUUUAUACGCUAUGCUGGCUGGCAUGAUUUUUUCCCAUUUGCACAGAAAGUGUGCAGCCCCGGGUCCUAAAGCACUGCUUGUAGGUAGGGAAUUCUGUAGACACCUUUCAAGGUUUACUUCUCCAUGACGUUACAGCAAAGCUGUUUCUUUAUACCGACAACUACAGACUUCAGACACUUCUUUACGGAAGUCUGUUGUUUCCAGUACGU